CAAAUGGAAUAAAAGUGAAAUAUCAUUUUAUCGGGUAAGAGAAGAAGAAACAUCGACUUUUUCCGAACGAUUAACACUUUCAUUAUUCGUAUUAUCUUUGUUGUUGAUCAAGAAAAAUGUUUAUGAUCUAUCGGUAAUCUUGAAAGAAAUUUGUCUUAUGAUUUUGCAUGAUAUUGUUUUAAAUAAUUAUGACAGAUGUCUUUUCGUGGUUUAAGAAAUACAACUAAAAAAAAGAAGAUUUUUUGUGAAAAGAGGAACUUUGUCGAAAAGUAAUUUCAUCGGCGUCAAAUAUUUAAAUCGUAUGAAUUGAAAGGGAAACAGUAAAAUGAGGGGAAACGAUAGGAGCCAAUACGACGACGAGGAUUUCUUCAGCGACGGUGGUCCUUGCCCACCUUGUCGACUUGCUAUUAAUGAGGAAACUGGUAGAUUAAAAUGGUGCACAGAAGGCGAUGAUACUUGGCGAUUUCGCGUCAGACUAAUGCUAUUGAUACCCGCGGUUUUGUUGCCAAUCACUAUAAUUUUCAUUGCUUUAUCGCGAUCGCAAAUCACCGAUAAAUUACCCCAUCGUCGUACAUUUAGCCCUAUUCACAAUUCUCAAGAACAGACUAAGAAUAAUUUCGUUGAAAAUUAUAAUACCUUGCUUCGAUCAUCCGAGAGCAAAGAAACGCAACACUCUAUCGAUGGGGAUGAAGAUGAAAUUCGUAUCUCCGAAAUUCAAACAAGUUACGUACCACCAAACGUUCAUUUUUUAAUACAAUCUUCGAAACGACGGAAGAGGCAUACGGAUGCGGAAACAACGUUCGAAAAAAGGAACGAUUACAGUGCUAUCAAAUCGAUCGAUGAAAUACGCGAGAGAAUCCUAUGUAAGGAGAAAGAAAAAGUAGUUAUAGCUAGUGACGUCACUGAGAAAACGACUGCAGGUACGUCGAACGACGAAACGGAUUAUUUUCUACUCGACUAUAAUCCAGAAUUAGAAUUCGAUGAGCCCUACGCAUACAGCGAUAUACAGGAUUACGAAGAUUACUCGAAAGAGGAAAAGACGGAACACAUAGCUACUGAAGAAAAAGAACAAUUAGAUUUUGGGUCAUUGAAUCAAAGAUAUCGAAACGUGAAGGAUAAGACGGAUGAACGUUCGCAAGACCGGCUAAUUGAUCAUACCGAGCGGAUUAGCACUUAUUCCGUUUCCAUUGAUAACGCUUACGGACGAUGGCCUGUACCCGAUCAUCACGAUAAACGUGUCCCACCCGAUUUCCGUGCUUUUUGGAAAGACGAAGGAAACGAGAAAAGCAUCAGAGAGGCUCAAGCAAGGAUAAUGUUAGAAUAUAUGGAUAAGACUGCCAAUCCGUGUCAAGAUUUUUAUCAGUAUGCCUGUGGAAACUGGGAGAAACGUAAUCCCAUUCCGAAGGAUAAGGCGGCCUACGAUACCUUUGAGAUGUUAAGAGAAUCACUAGAUAUUGUUUUGAAAGAAUUGCUGGAAGAUGAAAUUCCGCAUAACAUGAGAUUAAAUACUGACGAUGCAACGGUCAAAGCAAAGUAUCAUUUUCAGAGUUGUAUGAAUUACGAGAUCUUGGAGCAGCGUAUGGAACAGCCGGUGCUACAACUUUUAGAGGAGCUCGGUGGCUGGCCAAUCUUGAAGCCCGAUUGGGAUCCCGAUAAGUUCGACUGGUUGCUUUUGGUCGCACAAUUGCGUCUAUACAAUAAUAAUAUUCUUAUUUCCGAAUGGGUUGGUCCGGAUAUUAAAAAUAGUGACCAAUAUGUUAUACAAUUCGAUCAAACGUCCCUUGGUCUCCCUACAAGAGACUACUUUCUUCAGCCAUCUAAUAUGAUUUAUCUGAACGCUUAUAAAGAUUAUUUCAUUAAAAUAGUAACCCUCCUUGGUGCUUCCUUGCAAAAUGCCACUGUUCAUGCAAAUCAAUUGAUAGAAUUUGAAACAAAACUCGCAAAGAUUACAUUUUCACCCGACGAGAGACGGAACGUUUCAGAACUUUAUCAAAAAAUGAGCAUUGACGAAUUGAGAUCGAUGGUGCCUCAAAUCGAUUGGCGUAAAUACCUUUCGAUCGUUUUAGCACGUCCCGUGAAUAUUUCUGAACCGGUUGUCGUAUUUGCCCUACAAUAUAUUCAAGAUUUGGUGAAUUUACUCUCAGAAACCGAACCCAGAACUAUAGCGAAUUAUCUUUUAUGGAGAUUCGUACGGCACAGAGUGAACAAUUUAGACGAUCGUUUUCAAGAAGCUAAACAAAAGUUUUAUUACAUUCUUUUCGGGAUAGAACAAGCCCCUCCUAGAUGGAAGAAUUGUGUGUCACAGGUCAAUGCUAAUAUGGGUAUAGCCGUUGGUUCCAUGUUUGUUCGAAAAUAUUUUGAUGAAAAGAGUAAGAAUGAUACGCUAUCCAUGACACGAGAGAUACAAGAAUCAUUUAGGGAAUUACUGAAUCAAACUACUUGGAUUGACAACGAGACGAAACGAUUAGCUAGCGAAAAAGUAAAUGCUAUGCUUUUGAGAAUUGGUUAUCCCGACUUUAUCCUACAACCACAUUUAUUAAAUGAACGAUAUAAAGAUGUCGUAAUCCAUCCGGAUAAAUACUUUGAGAAUACGUUAAAUAUUUUACAACACUUGACAAGAGUAGAGCAAGAUCGUCUUGGCAGUUCGGUUAAUAAGACUUUGUGGAAUACCGCACCUGCAGUUGUCAAUGCCUAUUACAGUCGCUACAAAAAUCAGAUAAUGUUUCCAGCGGGCAUACUACAACCGCCCUUUUAUCACAGAUACUUUCCAAAGAGCUUGAAUUACGGAGGAAUCGGUGUAGUGAUCGGUCAUGAAAUUACCCAUGGUUUCGACGACAAGGGUAGAUUGUUCGAUAAGAAUGGUAAUCUACACAGGUGGUGGAAAAACGAAGAUAUCAAUGGCUUCCAUGAGAGAGCAAAAUGUCUUAUUGGUAAAAAAUUCAUUGACCAAUAUAGUCGCUAUACAGUAAGCGAAGUUGGCGCACAAAUCAACGGUGUAAAUACGCAAGGAGAGAAUAUCGCUGAUAACGGAGGCAUCAAACAAGCAUUUAAAGCUUAUGAAAGAUGGUUAUAUAUAAAUGGCGACAAGGAUGAGACUCUGCCUGGUAUCAGCGCAACUGGAAGGCAAUUGUUCUUUUUGAAUUUCGCUCAAGUUUGGUGUGGAUCAAUGCGACCAGAAGCUGCUAAAAAUAAAUUAAGAAUUGCAGUCCAUGCUCCUGGAAAAUUUCGCGUGAUCGGUACGCUGUCAAAUUCAAAGGCUUUCGCGGAUGUCUUCCAUUGUCCCCUUGGUACACCUAUGAAUCCUAUUAACAAAUGUUCAGUUUGGUAACAUAGCCGUAGAUAAUUAUAAAAAAUAUCCUUUCAAAAUAGAUCAUACAUGUGUAUACAUAAGUGUGGGUGUGUGGGUGUGUGUGUGUAAUAUCAUAUAUAUAUAUAUAUAUAUAUAUAUAUAUAUUGCUUUUAUUAAGUAUAAAUGUAUUUUGCAAUAAGUUAUCCUUUGUUCAAUGGAAUAUAUUUUUAACUCGAUUUAGCUCGCGUUUAUCUACAAAACCGAAUGAAUGUAAAAUUAAAAGAAAAGUAAAACAAAAACAGAAGAGGAAACAUAAAAAAAUUUUGUUUUAAAUUUCAUUAUAAAAGCAAGAAAAUCGUAGGUCAAUUUUAUGCUUUGAACAAUACGUUCAUUAUUUUAUAUUUUGUCUUCUUUAAUAUUUUGCGCUACUAAUGUUUACAAUUUUUUACGAAUAAUGAUGAAUUAUCAAAAAGACAUUCCAUGUCACCAAUGAAAUACAUUCUGUACACGUUGUUAAUGUUAAUUACUUUAUUACGUAAUACUCACAGCGGUUCGAAAACGCACGAGUUGUUUCCACGCAAGUUAUACACAUAAAGAAUUUUCGGUAAAAACAAUAAAAAAUGUAUAUACAUUCCUUUAUAAAUAAAUAUAAUAUGUAUAUCUA